AUGCCACGCGAAAUUGCCUGGGACGCGGUCUUCAAGGUCCACAACCGCAUGGACCCAACCAAGAGUGGCAUGUUCAUGGCCUGGGAUUUUGCUCGUGUCUGGGAUGGCCAAACCAUGUAUAUCCGAGACCUGGACUACGGCAAAUGGAUCACCGGCUUGAUCGAAAAGUGUGGUUUCGACCCAAACACCCACUUUGCCAGAUACACCGUCUACUACGAUGGCAUCGAAAUCACUGGAAAUAUCCUCUGUGAAGCUCACUGGCACUAUGCCACCAGAAUGAACCUUGAACGCGGCUUGGACUUUGAGAUUGUUCCCCAGGAUGCCGUGAGGAAUUCUUGGCUUGGCUUGACAAUCAGUACUUCUCGGAUUGAAGGUCACUACACGUGUAUCCUGGAGUUGCCGGUGGAGCUUGUUCCGGGCCGGUGUCAAUGUGCACUUGGAAUCAAUCGUCUUGACUUAGUUGAUGGCAAUGUUGGUGGUCUCCUGUGA